CUGGGUCACCAGGCAUCAGGUCAUUUGGCUUGCCCAGCGGGCACCGCGUCAUCUGGCAAGGCAGUGGGCACCGGGUCACCAGGCAUUGGAUCGUCUGGCUCGACAGCGGGCAUCGGGUCACCAGGGUAUGACAGCGGGCACUGGGUCACCAGGCAUCAGGUCAUUUGGCUCGCCAGCGGGCACACGCGUCAUCUGGCAAGGCAGUGGGCACCGAGUCACCAGGUACGACAGCGGGCUCUGAGUCAAUUGGCACGACAGCGGGCACCGGAUCAGGUACCGGAUCAACAGCGGGCAUCGAGUCAACUGGCCUAAUAGGAUCGUCAGGCUGGAUCAGCCGAGUAGAGGCAUCAGGCCGAGUAAGUAGGCUUCAGGCCGAGUAGAGGCAUCAGGCCGAGUAGAGGCAUCAGGC